AAUAAAAACAUGUGACAAUUCAUAAUGAGAGUUAAUUCAUAACUAGUUGGUUCAGUCGGUGGCGUACAAGGUACCUACGGUGUAUGUUGAACAAUUCAUUUUAGGGAGUGUUAUUGAAAAUUUUUCACCAUGGGGGCCAUGUUUAGGAGCGAGGAGAUGGUCCUCGCGCAGCUUUUCAUUCAACCCGAAGCGUCUUAUUUUGCCAUAUCCGAGUUGGGUGAAACGGGCUGUGUGCAGUUCAGAGAUUUAAAUGAGGACGUGAAUGCUUUCCAGAAGAAAUUUGUAAACGAAGUGAGAAGAUGCGAUGAAAUGGAAAGAAAAUUGAGAUACAUCGAGGCUGAGGUGAAAAAGGACGGCGUAAAAAUUCCCGAUGUCAGUGAAUUACCGAAAGCUCCUAAUCCACGUGAAAUCAUUGACUUAGAGGCUCAUCUUGAAAAAACUGAAGGUGAAAUCAAAGAAUUAUCAGAAAAUGCGAUCAACCUCAAGUUGAACUUUUUGGAACUAACGGAAUUGAAACACGUUCUGGAAAAAACCCAAGUAUUUUUCAACGAGCAAGAUGAAGCUAACGGAUUUCCUGAUUCAGUUCACAAGUCGCUCAUUCCUGCAGAAGACCAUAACGUAUCGAUAAGAGGUCGUUUGGGAUUUGUUGCUGGAGUGAUAAAUAGAGAAAAAGUGCCAUCUUUUGAGAGAAUGUUAUGGCGAGUCUGCAGAGGAAAUGUAUUCCUGAGACAAGCUAUGAUAGAAAAACCUAUGGAAGAUCCAGCCACAGGAAAUGAAUACCAUAAAACAGUUUUUGCGGCUUUCUUCCAAGGAGAACAGUUGAAAACAAGGAUUAAAAAAGUAUGUUCCGGUUAUCAUGCCUCUUUAUAUCACUGUCCGAAUACAAUUACAGAAAGAGAAGAGAUGCUCAGAGGGGUUCGCACUCGUCUGGAAGAUUUGAAUUUGGUCUUAAAUCAAACCCGAGAUCAUCGACAGAGAGUACUUGUAAGUGUAGCAAAAGAACUUCAGAACUGGAGUAUAAUGGUUAGUAAAAUGAAGGCCAUUUAUCACACACUGAACUUUUUCAAUAUGGAUGUAACUAAAAAAUGUCUGAUAGGGGAAUGUUGGGUUCCUUCUAAUGAUAUACCUAUUGUACAAAAAGCCUUAGCAGAUGGAUCGAACGCUUGCGGUAGUUCCAUUCCAUCAUUUUUCAAUGUGAUCAGUACCAACGAGGAUCCCCCAACAUUCAACAGAACCAACAAGUUUACAAAAGGUUUCCAGAAUCUUAUCGACUCGUAUGGAGUUGCUUCUUAUAGAGAGGUCAAUCCAGCUUUGUACUCAAUCGUUACCUUCCCGUUUCUAUUUGCUGUAAUGUUUGGUGAUUGCGGACAUGCAAUCAUUAUGUUUGGUUUUGGCUUGUGGAUGAUUCUCUCCGAAAAGAAAAUUGCACUUCAAAAAAAUAAGAGUGAAAUCUUCAGUAUAUUCUUCGGAGGUAGAUACAUUAUUUUCUUAAUGGGCAUUUUCUCUUUCUAUACUGGAUUUCUGUAUAACGAUAUAUUUUCGAAGUCAAUGAAUAUAUUCCAGAGCAGUUGGUUUGUGAACGAAACAUCACUUAAUCAUUCAAUCAAUGACAAUGAUAUCAAUUUCAUUCCUAAAGCAAAUUACUAUGGAACACCUUACUUCAUUGGAGUAGAUCCAGCGUGGCAGACUGCGAAAAAUAAAAUUAUAUUUUUGAAUUCCUUCAAAAUGAAGUUGUCUAUCAUAUUUGGAGUAACACACAUGAUAUUUGGAACGUGUGUCAGUACUUUCAAUUUACU